CUAAGCCGGAGGCUGUCCGGGUGACUGCCCUUCCGGGAUGGCGACAGUUCCACGGCCCAGGGACUGCGAUCUUGUAGAUGCCGCGCCCUCGUGGCUGCAGCCCAUAAUCUCCGCAGCUCUCUUGCUCCUGUCCCCAGGACCCGCAGUUCCCAGCCUGGAGUCGGGUGUCCCGGGUGGCUUAAGGACGCCGGGUGCUUGGCAGGUGCCGAGCGGCGCCUGCCCAUCCCGACUGGCAGAGCCUAGGCUGCCAGAGUGAGGGGCCUCCCGAGGCUACGUGCGGCUCCCUGCGCCUACACCUUCUGCUUCAGCGGCUGCGCGGCGGAGCAGAAAGCUGCGGUAGCGUGCUUCGGGGCCCACACCCCUGCAGUGCGGACCCCCUAGCUGAUGUCGCAGGGACACUGGGUUCCCUGGUUGCUGCCCCAGGCUUAAUGAUUGCCCAGAAGUCGGCUAUAAAGAGACUGGUUGGAGGAGAGCACACAGAAAAACACAGCUCAGCAGAUCUGGGCAGUAAAGAGAGCAAGCGGCAAGCAGGAGCCUGUGGUCAGAAGCACCGUGAGCAGGCCAGCAGGCCAGCAGGGCCAGCUUUUCCUACCAUGGCAGUCCAGGGCUACGGCUAUUACCGCACUGUCAUAUUCGCCGCCAUGUUUGGAGGCUACAGCCUGUACUACUUCAACCGCAAAACCUUCUCCUUUGUCAUGCCCUCCUUGGUGGAUGAGAUCACUCUGGACAAGGACGAUUUGGGACUCAUCACAAGCAGCCAGUCGGCAGCCUACGCCAUCAGCAAGUUUGUGAGUGGGGUGCUGUCAGAUCAGAUGAGUGCCCGCUGGCUCUUCUCCUCUGGGCUGCUCCUGGUUGGUCUGGUCAACGUGGUCUUCUCGUGGAGCUCCACAGUGCCAGCCUUUGCUGCUCUCUGGUUUCUCAAUGGUCUGGCACAGGGGCUAGGCUGGCCCCCCUGUGGGAAGAUCCUGAGGAAGUGGUUUGAGCCAUCCCAGUUUGGCACUUGGUGGGCUGUGUUGUCAACUAGCAUGAACCUGGCUGGAAGUCUGGGACCUAUCUUGGCGACGAUCCUUGCCCAGAGCUAUAGCUGGCGCAGCACACUGGCCCUGUCUGGGGCACUGUGCGUGGUUGUCUCCUUCUUCUGUCUGCUGCUCAUCCACAACGAGCCUGCUGAUGUUGGACUCCGAAAUCUGGACCCUGCCCCCUCCAAGGGCAAAAAGGGAUCAUCAAAGGAAGAGAGCACCCUACAGGAUCUGCUGCUGUCCCCCUAUCUCUGGGUGCUGUCCACUGGCUACCUUGUGGUCUUUGGAGUAAAGACUUGCUGUACAGACUGGGGCCAGUUCUUCCUCAUCCAGGAGAGAGGGCAGUCCGCUCUUGUGGGUAGUUCCUAUGUCAGUGCCCUAGAGGUUGGAGGCCUUGUAGGUAGCAUUGCAGCCGGCUACCUGUCAGACAGGGCCAUGGCCAAGGCAGGGCUGUCUGUGUAUGGGAACCCUCGCCACGGCCUGUUGCUGCUCAUGAUGGCUGGCAUGGCAGCAUCCAUGCUCCUCUUCCGGGUAACGGUGACCAGUGACUCACCCAAGGAUGCUUUCUGGACUCCUGCUCUCCAUCCUCUGGCUGAGCUCACAGGCUUUACGGAGCACGAGAUCUGGAUCCUGGUGUUGGGAGCCGUGUUUGGUUUCUCUUCUUAUGGUCCCAUUGCCUUGUUUGGAGUCAUAGCCAAUGAAAGUGCACCUCCCAACUUGUGUGGUACCUCUCAUGCUAUUGUGGGACUAAUGGCCAAUGUGGGUGGAUUUCUGGCUGGGUUACCUUUCAGCACCAUCGCCAAGCACUAUAGCUGGAGCACAGCCUUCUGGGUGGCAGAAGUGAUUUGUAUAGCCAGCACAGUUGUCUUCUUCUUGCUUCGAAAUAUCCGCACCAAGAUGGGCCGAGUAUCCAAGAAGGCAGAGUGAAUGGAGCACUCACUAUGGAGCGUCCCUGACCGCAGUCUCACCGGCAGGGCACAGAAGGGAGGGAGGCUGCUCUGGCUAGCACAGAACCUUCACGUUCCUGUCUCCACUGUCUCUCUGGACCUCCAUGGUGCUGCAAGUUACCAGUGGCUAAUGAAGCCCCGACUCCGCAUCCUAUGCUCUAUUGAAAUGAUGGUGUUUGCUUUUAGACUCCAUCAGCUUCUGUUUCUACCUUCUAGCAGACAGGCAACUCCUGAAUUCAGGGCAUCUCCUAUACCCUUCUUCCUCUCCUAGGUCCUGAUUUCCUAGUGAGGUGAACCUGUCUCUGCAGCCGCAGAACAUUAAUGACCUGUGGUUUCUGCUGUACCCCAAGGCUUCUUGUCAGGGGGCAAAAUUGUUGCCAAUACCUCAGUCCCUAAGGGAGGAGAGGAGGCCACCACUCUCAUCAAUACCCUGGGACAAACGGGAGGAUGUAGAGGGCAAACCGACUUGUACAGACUAAUAAAACUAGGUCUGAUAGUAAA